AUGAAAGUAAAUGAGCAGAGCGAAGAAUGCCACUGGAGAAAUGGGAUAUUUGCAGCUGAAAUGUGUUCGAGCUACUCUCUUGUUAUAUUUCUCUCACCUUCUCCCUUGUUGAUCUGUCCUUCCUCUUUGUCUUUUCGCCGUUCUCUCCUCAACCCCUCGCCUCCCCCUGCCCUCCCACGCAGGUGGUUGUAUGGCGAAACAGCGUGCUCCAUUUAUGCGUUUUGUGGCAUGUUGUUCGGCCUCUGCAGCCUGACCACCCUCACCCUGCUAAGCAUGGUGUGCUUCAUGAAAGUGUGCUACCCACUCUACGGAAACCAGUUUAAGUCUCUUCACGGCCAGCUGCUCAUCGCCUGUGCUUGGGUCUAUGCUCUGUUGUUCGCCUGCUCCCCGCUGGUCCACUGGGGAAAGUAUGGACCCGAGCCCUAUGGCACCGCCUGCUGUAUCGACUGGCGCCAGUCCAAUCGGCACACCUCCACACGCUCUUACGCCGCGGCUCUGUUCGUUUUCUGCUACAUCCUUCCGUGCUGCCUUAUCGUUGCAUCCCACACAGGCAUUCUGGUCACUGUGCAAACAUCCCGGAAGACCAUGGCGCAGCACGCAUCAAAGCAGACGCAGAAAAACAACAUUCAGAGGAUUAUUGUCAAGCUGAGCGUGGGCGUCUGCAUUGGUUUCUUUGCGGCGUGGAGCCCUUACGCUGUCAUUUCCAUGUGGGCCGCCUUCGGACAGGUUGAAAACAUCCCUCCUCUUGCAUUUGCAGUGCCUGCCGUAUUCGCAAAGUCCUCCACUAUCUACAACCCCAUCAUCAACGUAACCCUGAGACCAAACAUCCGCAGGAUGAUGUGCAGAGACCUCGGCGUGCUAUUCGAACGGUGCCUGAAGCGCUGCCUCGCCCUCAAGGGGCAGGCAAAGUGCUGCUCAAAGCCCGAGAUCAAGGUCAGACUGCGCACGAUCCACAGACAGAGCAGCCAGUUUCCUUCAUCGAUCUCAGCUGCUCAGCCACCGGUAGUAACUAUUAAGGAUUACAGCUGCCAGAGGUGGGAGGAUGGUUUGGAACACUUUGGACUCUACCCUCAAAUGUGUGCUACUGCUAAUCCAGCUGUCAACAGAGACUCAUCGAAAGAUGAAGACGCUCCCCUUUCCCAAGCACACGCCCAUGUUUCUGAGAGGGAGAUGGCCAUUAUAAAUACUUUAGAGACAAAUACCUUCAAUUUUCAUUUAAAAAUGGCCCAAAGGAGCAAAAAACAGGCUUGGUCUUGA